AUGAGCUCCCAAGGGGAGGCGUUUACGGCUAGGCCUAGCCGGGAUUGUGAAGAUUCGCGGGCUUCGGAGAAGUACGAAGUUAUCUUGCCAACUUUGUCACUUGGAGAGCUUGCGGAGAAUACGGUAAUCUUUCACGCCGACAUCGCAGGAAGACCCUACAGACGUGAUGACUUCAAAAAUGUGCUGAAGGACCAUUUGAGUGCCAGAGAUAUAGCAGCCUUCGGAGCAUACCAGAUGAAUCAUGUGUGGAUGGUUACUACGAGGAGCGUUGCGGCCAAAGAAAAGCUCGUCAAUUUGAAGGAGUGUUGUGUGAAAGGUAGGAGGUGCCUAAUUUUUGACGCGCAGCAGAGGAUCGUCACCGUUCGGGUGCACUGGAUACCUUACCAUAUCCCUGACGAUGUCGUUAGAAAGACUUUCAGCUUGUAUGGAGAGCCGAGCAAAGUAACUCGAGAAACGUACAGUGAUGGGUUUUUUAAAGACGUCGAGUCAACCACCAGGAACUUUAAGUUGACCUUGAAGGAAGGCGUGAAACCCGACAGCAUCCCUCACGUGUUGAAGAUAAUGUCUAACUCAGUCCUUGUCGCAAUUCCGGGCAGACCACCACUAUGUUUGAGGUGCAGGCGUGUUGGUCAUAUGCGGCAGCAAUGUAAAUUUCCUAAAUGCAAAGAGUGCCGUCGCUUUGGGCAUGAUAGCGAAAGCUGCGUGCGAACAGACGCUGACAGGACGAGAGAGGCCACAAGACAAUCAAACGAAGAUUACAUGAUGGACGACCUAGAAGCAAAUCAGGCGGCAAACGGCAACGCAACGGAAUCAGAGGGUCAUGCAGAAAAUAAGGAAGCGAUUGAAGAAACCGUUACUGAUAAUGGCCGGAAAAGGAUACCGAAUAAUCAAGUACAUGAAAGCGGCAAGGAAUCAGAGAUAGGAGAAAUUGGGACUGGGACGCAGAUGGAGAUGGUUACUGAUAACAAGCUCGGCACGAAAGUGGCGGGCGAGGAGGAUAAAACUCCAGAAGAACCAUAUCAGAUAUCACUCAAAGACGCUGCAGUUUCACGGGAAUGGAAAUCAGUUAUCCCGAAACGAAGAAAGGUUAUCAAACCUUACGUCCCGUACGAUCCACGCGAUCGUGGUUUAUCGCAAUAAUCGGACCGUUGAUAACGUGGCUAGC